AGGCUUCUCGGCGGGGAUUGGUCUGCGCUCCGCGCCCGGCGCUGGCAGCGCCUCCCAGCCCGGCCGGCUGCGCCUGACACGGGCAGCGACUGCAGCAGCCCGGCCAGCCCUCGCCUGGCACUCCAGCGCUCUCCUCCCGAGCCUCUUUGCUUCUUAAGUUACUGGAUUCUGCAGUACAAGUCUUCAUGAACAAGCUGCACCGCUUAGAGAUUUCACGGCAUUCAAAGGUCACAGAACUGCCACUAUGGUUAAAUGUCUUGUUUAAUGGUUGAGAGGUGCGGAGAAAUCUCAUUUGAUAGUCCUGACCAGAAUGCCAAAUGUGUGCGCAUGCUAGGUAAGGGAGAUGCACGGGUGAGAGGUCAGACAGGGGUUGUCUCCGAGCGCCGCGGCUCCUACCCAUUUAUAGACUUCCGUCUGCUUAACAAUACUACACUCUCAGGGGAAAUUGGCACCAAGAAAAAAGUGAAAAGACUGUUAAGUUUCCAGAGAUAUUUCCAUGCAUCCCGCUUACUGCGUGGAAUUGUACCACAGGCCUCUCUGUACCUACUGGAUGAGGACUACCUUGGGCAAGCAAGGCAUAUGCUAUCCAAAGUGGGAAUGUGGGAUUUUGACAUUUUCUUGUUUGAUCGCUUGACAAAUGGAAACAGUCUUGUAACACUGCUUUGUCACCUCUUCAAUGUGCAUGGACUUAUUCACCAUUUCCAGUUAGACAUGGUUACAUUACACAGGUUUUUUGUUAUGGUUCAAGAAGAUUACCAUAGCCAGAACCCAUACCACAAUGCUGUCCAUGCUGCUGAUGUCACACAAGCUAUGCACUGCUAUCUGAGGGAGCCCAAGCUUGCCAACUUCCUCACCCCAUCGGACAUCAUGCUCGGACUGCUCGCAGCUGCAGCUCAUGAUGUGGAUCACCCAGGGGUCAACCAACCCUUUCUGAUUAAAACCAAACACCACCUUGCCAGCUUGUACCAGAAUGUGUCUGUGCUGGAGAACCACCACUGGCGCUCUACCAUAGGCAUGCUUCGAGAGUCACGGCUGCUCGCCCACCUGCCCAAGGAGGUCACACAGGACAUUGAGCAGCAGUUGGGCUCUCUGAUCUUGGCAACUGACAUUAACAGGCAGAAUGAGUUUUUGAUCCGUCUGAAAUCUCAUCUUGACAAUCAGGAUUUGAGGCUGGAGGAUGCACAAGACAGACAUUUUAUGCUUCAGAUUGCACUCAAGUGUGCUGACAUUUGCAACCCUUGCCGGGUCUGGGAUCUGAGCAAGCAGUGGAGUGAGCGGGUCUGCGAAGAGUUUUACCGGCAAGGUGAUCUGGAACAAAAAUUUGAACUGGAAAUAAGCCCUCUUUGUAAUCAGCAGAAGGAUACAGUACCAAGUAUCCAGAUUGGGUUCAUGACAUACAUCGUUGAGCCACUCUUUGAGAGGUGGGCCCAGUUUACAGGCAACACUCCCCUAUCUGAAAACAUGCUAAACCAUCUCAGGAGGAACAAGGCCAAGUGGAGAAGCUUGCUCCACAAGCAACACAGCAGUAGUAGGAGCAACGACCACUCAGGCCAAGUGACUGGCAGCCAGGAACAGACUUUAAAUGAAGAAGAGACUCCUUAGUGGCAGCUUUGCACUUUUCCUUCUAGCACUGCUAUCUCCGUCUUGGUCACAGCAGCAAAAAAGGUCCCGGGGAGCAGGAGCCUGUUGUCAACACCGUGCAAAGGCAAGAAAUGGCAAAGCUCUAAGGGUCCUCAUGAACACACCCAUGGUUCUGCUGGGUUUCUUUCAUCACCUUCCUCUCCCCUCUCUCCAUUCUACGCAUGCCUGAUGCCAUUAGUCACUCCUGACCCCAAUCUGCCCCAAUGUGGAGUCCCAGCAGCCAGGCCAGUUCCAGCUGCCAUGAAGCAGGGAGGCUUGCUGAGAGAACAGGGGGCACAGAGAGGCACUCCUGGUGAUCUUUUCAUUUAACACAAGUCAUAUGUGACAUAUGUAUAUAGGCCCAGAGUGCCACACCCUUUCUAGGCUGGCAGCUGGGCUGCACAUUAAACCACCAGCAUCUCCAGCAUCCAGAGGACAUGGACCGAGCGGGACGGCGCUCACAGAGGGCAGAGAGUCGGGCUGUUUUAGUGGUUAAAAACCUUUUUAACUUUUGUAUUCUGUGCACUAAACAACAGAUCUAUAAACCUUGGACUGAAGUUACUCUCCGUAUACACACCUUCAGUGUAACAAGGCUUGUUUUGGUAAUCAUUUUUAUGCCACUUUGGAUAAAAGACGGGCAUCUUCUCAUUGCAAGGAACAGUAUUCCCUCGCAGCUGAAAGGGAAGGUGUAGUACAGUCUAAACCUUUGAAACACAAACAGAUCUAUCUUUUGAGUACUGUUUCAAGUUACCUGUUUAUAUUCAUAUGUGUACAUUUUCUGUAAAUAGAAAGCGCUACUGAUUCCCAUGCCAAAAUACUGGAGUACUGUGGGAUGAUUGCUACCUGUAAAAACAUUGGCACUGUGAACAGAAUACUGUUAGUUUUAAUACAAGAGAAAGCAUUUGUAAAUAUGGUAUAGAGUUUAUUAAUAUACACCAUUGUUUGUGGAUAAAAGCCUUAACUUCUAGCAUCCUUCAUCUUCUGAUAGCUGCCAAAAUCAUACAAUUACAAGAUAUGAUUCUGAACUGCCUUUCCACUAUCCAAGGUGUAUCAAAGGUCAUUGAGGAAUGAAGUCUGGCAGGAUAACUUCUUGAAAACUUCAAACACAUUCCAUAUGGGUUCGUGUUGUUAAUCCAUGGCACCUUGCACAUUCGGUCUAGGCAAAUGUUUCACAGCGCCUGAAGUUUUAAGUUUAAAAAAAAACCCCAGGCCCCACAGCAACACCACAUGAUUUGACAGUUCAGCAUGAUUACCAUUUAUUCAAACAUGUGAAUUUUUACUAAAUAGCUUAGUCAUCCACAAAGCAUGGCAUUAGUUCUGGAGUUCAGUUGUUUUCUUGAGAGAUGUUGCAGUGUAGCUGAUUUUUUCCCCACAUUGCCUCCUUACGUAGUUAGCAUCAAAAUGCAUUUGUAUUUUUCUUUUAAUUAAAAGAAUACUUCAACUGACUUUUAGAUUAGUCUCAGUCAAUGAAGGAAAAAAACGUGUUGUAAUCAGACUACUAAAAAUCCUCCUAGCUAUCAUAGUGGCUGAAGAAUUUUCUAUGAUCUCAUCUUUGUGAAAGAUACUUGGCCUUAACUAUGCCAUAAACAACCUCAGUUCUGACAGUCUUUAUUAAACUUUACUUAAGCUUCCACCAUUUCAGUGAGAUUGUAUUCUCAGACACUACUGCGUCGCACCAAAGGGAUUGUCCCCUGCUCCUCUGCCCCCAGAAAGAAUAACUGCAUUCAGGUGAAACACAGUGUUGUUGUGAACUCCCCGUACAUCAAAUCUGUACAGCUGCUUUCCAGAAGAACGAGCAGGUAUGGCCAGAUAGUCACGUUUGGAUAGUCACGUUGAGAUGUGAAGACAUUGAAGAGGCCAACAAAGAAAGAGCUUUUUAAGUUGGUGUUUGAGAAACAUGAGGAAGAUGUUUUCUCACAGAAGUGCAAGGGAAAACAGAAUACAUUUUUUUUCAGUUAGGGGGGAUAUUGACUUGAUGAGAGAAGGUUCAUGCUCAUAAGGUGACUAAUGUGUUUAGAGGAAAAUAAAAAGCAUGAGUUUUAGUGAAGGACUAUUUACUCCGCUAAUUCUUUGUAUGUAUCUUCAGAGAAAAGGGGCUGAAACCCAGUGAAGUAAAAAAGGGCAAAACACGGUGAACACACAAAGCACUCCAGUGAUGUUUUUCUGCCCCUCCACUGUUAUGCAAGGUACAACCAAUAGAAAACCUCCUUCUUCCUCCCACUAAUCUAAAUGAGAUUCAUACAACAGAAGGACCACAGCAAGCAAAGGGCACUCAAGGGAGUUGUCGUGGAAUUAAAUUGUUUCUAACUACUGGACAUAAAUGUCUUCUUAGGCACAUGAGGGUGGUGGGGGUGGAAGCACCACCACUUUGUAGCUUUUUAGGUGUACCUUUCCUUCUGACAGAAGUAGGACAAUUAUUAGGACAUUACGUGAGCAAUGUAAUGCGCUACUUAGAAGCACUUAAGUCCAUACAAAAGGAUGUAAUUUCCCGUGUUUUAUCUUUUUACUAGGAAAUGGAAGCCCUUUGCCAUCUAGCUCGAAGAAUUUUUUUAAAAUGUUCUGAAAUUUAGUUAAACCCAGCAUCUAGCAGCAUAAAAAGCUCUUGACAGAAACAUUGUCGAGCUGUUUCUGAAGAGCUUCCAGAAAAUAGGUCCAACAGGAAAGCUUAGGUACAAAUCAAAUUUUCUUACAGCCACAUUAAACCCAAGCCAUUUUCUACAAGUGGAACCUAUAGGUUCCAUUUCAAGUUUGCUCUUAGCAUGUUAAAACUUUCCAACUUUAAAAAGCUCUUCUGAAAAUUAUCAGGCUGUGGGGGAUUUUGGUGCACUGAUCAUACCGGCUAGAUUUCAAUCACCUUGUCUAAUGAAACAGUGCUUGAAAGAGGUUCAGGGUGGCCCUGAAGCAGCACUUCUGUACUUGUGAGCCAAACCCAUUGCACACAUUUGGGCCUGGGCCACUUUGCCUCGGGUGCUCCAGACAGAAGUGCUCAGAAAGGGUAGGCUCUGGCAGCAGAUGCCUGGCAGCCAGAUUCCCUGGGGUCUGUAAUACAAAAUCUGAUUUCCUGUAGAAACCCUAACUGGUACCAGCCAAUCCAACAGCACCAGUGCUUAGCAUGUGCAUUUGUAGCAUAUGUGUGGUAUUCUCUGGUUUGGAGGGCAUUUCUGCACUGGGGUUUCUCCCCAGUGUGCCAACAGGCUGCUGAUGCACAGAAUAGAAAAGCUAUGUAGAUAUCACAGAUUUUGGUGGUGUCAGCCCUAUCAGCCACUUUACAGAAGGCUCUUGUAAAUUAUUUUUCCCUCCCACUGGGCCAGUGCAGCUGAAAGAUUUUGAAGUUUUCAAACUGAGUUAAGGUUUUCAUAUCUAGAAAGAGGAAAAAAGCUGUUAAAAGCAGGAUGUUAAAAUGUUUUUAUGCCCCACAAAUGAGAUUAAAAUCUAGCUCCUCUAAAUGAAGAUUUCAUACCAUCUAAGAGGCAAAAUUUUGUAUAACUAACAAUAAUAAGUGAUAAUAAGUGAAAAGCUUAGGCUGGUUAAAAUAAUGCAUAUGUAUGCAUUGUCAUUAAGUAAAGAUUUUACCUACCUUUGUGUUUGUAAGUGUCAAUGGUUCAGCCACCAUUCAAAUGGGGAAUAAAAGGACUAUUGACAACAUGUACCUUUGGAAUACAAGGAACAAAGACAGGAGUAGCUGAGAUUAAGUAGAGUCCAGGAGGAAAAAGAAAAAAACCCACAUGAUCUGCAGUUGUGUCUAACCUAAUCUACAACACAGGUCAAUUAGUUUUAUAUAAACUUGGUUUUCAUGAAGAAAACCAAAACCUCCCCAACGAUUAAUAAGAAAGCUGUAAAUGAGAUAAGGCUGUUGUUACGCUGCACAGUGAUCUCACCAGCUUUUGCAGUCUGGGGUUUCAAUUUCUGUUAAAGUUUCCAUCAAAUUAGACACAGAAGGCACACUUAGCCUUCCAAAAGAAUUCUCAGAAAGGAAAAACUCAAGUAGCCACAAUUUUAUUUUCAGGUACCAGACAGGGUACCAGCCAUAAUAUAUUGCAUUAUAUUUUAAGUCACUAAUCUGAGUUGUCCAUAAAGUAUGCCAAUUCCCCAUGGCCCACAAAAAUCAAUAAUUAAAUUUGAAUUAAAACCCUGCAAAUCCAAAAAAAAAAGCCACCCCAAAACACAAAACAAAAACAUAAGGCAAGCUUCAUGCCAUGGGUAUGCAUUCAAAUUACUUUGAUUGGUGCAAACUGUUGCUCUUUGUUUCUAUAAUCCAUUCAAUAUUUUAGGUACAUAAUUUUUUAAGUGCAGACCAUAAGCUUGACAUGGAUGUAAAAUAUAUUCUGCUUAUCUUUGAAUUCAAGAUUGUAUAUGUCAUGUUUAUUGUAAAGCAUUUUAUAUAUACAUAGUCACAUAUCUUAUACAACUCUAUGGGCCAAACACAGGUCCCCCCAACUUCACUGGGACCAAGAAUCAGCCCCCAUAUGUGCGUAUAUAUGCCAUAUGCAUCAUUCUGAAAGGAAGCACUAGAUUGUGUGAAAAUGCUGUGACUGCUAUGCAGUGAUGCCAAGAGACUUAACUGUAUCUUUUUUAACAUACUGCUGUAAGUAUUCAUCAUGUCGAAGAAUGACAGCUAAUAAACAAAAAAAAAGUUAA